UUAUCAACUUGACAACCCUAAUUUACACAUUCUCAAUUUUGCGGCUUUGCAGCGUUUUUUUCAUUUCUUUUUGUGAAUAAAUUCAAAGAAUACAGCAUCAGCAUGUCGGAUGAAAAAAAAACUGAAACCGAGCACAUCAAUCUGAAGGUCCUGGGACAGGAUAAUGCAGUAGUUCAAUUCAAAAUAAAGAAGCAUACACCAUUGCGCAAACUAAUGAAUGCCUAUUGCGAUCGCGCUGGCCUUUCCAUGCAAGUGGUGCGUUUCCGUUUUGAUGGACAACCAAUCAAUGAGAAUGACACGCCCACCUCACUCGAAAUGGAGGAAGGCGACACAAUUGAAGUGUACCAGCAACAGACCGGUGGUAUGGACGAGUCCUUCUGAGAUUUUGCAACACCCACCGCUGUAACUUCAACUAAAUCAUAAAACAUAGAGUUAAUUCAAAGUCUAAAAUAUAUUCCCAAUAAUUAUAAACA